UUACCACUGAGCCGUAGCAGUGGCGGCGGAGACCAGGAUUCGCGCCACCUGUCCGAGUGCCACCUGAACUCAGAGGAACCGAGGGUCCAAACAUCCGUCCAGCGGCUGGCCACCAUGCCGCGCUCAUUCCUGGUCAAGAGCAAGAAGGCGCACAGCUACCACCAGCCGCGUUCUCCCGGGCCGGACUACUCCCUGCGCCUGGAGACCGUGCCUGCGCCGGGCAGAGCAGACGGCGGCGCUGUAAGCGCAGGCGAGUCGAAGAUGGAGCCCCGAGAGCGUUUGUCCCCCGACUCUCAGCUUACCGAGGUUCCCGACAGAGCCUCCGCGUCCCCCAACAGCUGCGAAGGCAGCGUUUGUGACCCGAGCUCUGAGUUCGAGGAUCUCUGGAGGCCUCCUUCUCCCUCCGUGUCUCCAGCGUCGGAGAAGUCGCUGUGCCGCUCUCUGGACGAAACCCAGCCCUACACGCUGCCCUUCAAGCCCUUCGCGUGGAGUGGCCUGGUGGGCUCGGACCUGCGGCACCUGGUGCAGAGCUACCGGCAGUGCAGCGCGCUGGAGCGCAGCGCGGGCCUUAGCCUCUUCUGCGAGCGCGGCGCGGAGUCCGGCCGCCCAGCAGAGCGCUACGGCCCCGAGCAGGCUGCGGACGGAGCGGCUGCGGGCCAGCCCGGGAGCUGCGGAACCGCCGGGGGCGCCACCAGCGCUGCGGGCUUGGGGCUCUACGGCGACCUGGCGCCCGCGGCAGCCGGGCUGUACGAGCGGCCGAGCCCAGCAGCGGCCCGGCUGUACCAAGAUCGCGGUCACGAGCUGCACGCGGACAGGAGCGCGGGCGUCAAGGUGGAGUCGGAGCUGCUGUGCACCCGCCUGCUGCUGGCCGGCGGCUCCUACAAGUGCAUCAAGUGCAGCAAGGUGUUCUCCACCCCGCACGGGCUGGAGGUGCACGUGCGCCGGUCCCACAGCGGCACGAGACCCUUUGCGUGCGAGAUGUGCGGCAAGACCUUCGGGCAUGCGGUGAGCCUGGAGCAACACAAGGCCGUGCACUCGCAGGAACGCAGCUUUGACUGUAAGAUCUGUGGUAAGAGCUUCAAGAGGUCAUCCACGCUGUCCACACAUCUGCUCAUUCAUUCGGACACCCGGCCCUACCCCUGUCAGUACUGUGGCAAGAGGUUCCACCAGAAGUCAGAUAUGAAGAAACACACCUUCAUCCACACAGGUGAGAAGCCCCACAAAUGCCAGGUGUGUGGCAAAGCCUUCAGUCAGAGCUCCAACCUCAUCACUCACAGCAGAAAACACACGGGUUUCAAGCCCUUUGGCUGUGACCUGUGCGGGAAGGGCUUCCAGAGGAAGGUGGAUCUCAGGAGGCACCGAGAGACUCAGCAUGGACUCAAAUGAGUACUCUGGCAGACUGCGGCACCAGCUGUGUAACACUACUGUGAGGGAUGGCUUCCCUGACUCCCUCCAGCUCCUUCUCAGGCCAGUGUGCAAAGUUCACCAUGGUAAUUCCCCUUCACCUUCCUUCCCAGAGUUGCUAGAGGACACGAGCUCCGGUUUCUAAGGUCAGACAAGAGUGGGAACCACAGCAGCCUUCUGUGUUUUGGGCUUCCCUACAGCUGAGGAUGAGGAUCAAAUGAGAUCUUGCACCUCCCAGGUCUUCCCUUUUCUGCUCACAGACCAGAAAGAACUCUAGGCAGCUGCUGAAAGAGGAGGUGUCUUAAGCUUUGGAAGCUGCCCAGUGCUUUUAUUGAGAAAGAAUGAACUCUUCUUCUGGGGAGACUGUUGACUCCUUUGUCCUCCACCACACACCAGUUUAGGGAAGGAACUCCAUUCCUUUGAAAUCAUCAGUUGCACCAUCAAGCCUGCCAGGAGAAGAAGCAGAAAAAAGAGGACUUGGUGAUGAGAGGGAGUCAGCGGACCUGUGAUGCCAUCAGAGGAGGUGGAACUGUGGAGCAGCUCCAGGGAACAGGCCCUUCAUUUACUCACUGAUCAUGGGCCACAGGUUCUCAGUGUAAGGUACCGGAGAGCCAGAGAUUAAAGUCACAGCCCCUGACUCUCAAAGGUUAUCAGUUGGACCUCAGCAUAGCAGGAGCCUUUGUUCUGUGCCUUCCCAGGGAGUUCUGAAAAAGGCCACACAAACAUUCGGACUUCUUUUUGACACUUCUGGAGUUUUUCAAGUGUAAACAAGAAGGAACUGGAGAGUUAUUUCAAAAAUUCAUGAGCAAAUCCAGUUUUUAUUGUUAGUCGGAAUUUUAUAAGAUGCCUGAGCUGAUAGGUGUGUGGCAAAGGCUAUGGCUUCAACUCCUGCCCCAUAUCAUCUAGGAAAAACGUAUUUUUCCUGUGAGGGUUGAAAAUGUUCCUAGAUCUUCUUGAGUGCAUUAUGUAUUAGCAAAAUCAUAUUUAUUAGAAUAUUGUUUUAACUUAAUAAAGUAUUAAGAUUAUUA